AUUGGUCACAUGUCCAAUAUGGCGCCUCGCAUGAAUCAUAACAAGGGUGAACAUCUCUAAAAAAAAUUACCGGAAUGACAGGUUUGCGAACUAAAUUGUAGGCUAUUCAUUCAGUGUAACCGUAUCCAGUCCUUAGUAGUAAUUAUAUUGGUGUCGUCGGGAAUACUAGACAAUCGUGUCCCGCAGUUGGUUAUUAAACCGGUCUCGAGAUGUCAGGGACAAAUGCUUGGAAGCGCAGCCGAGACCGAAUGAAGCUUUUCCCAGAACUGCUGGCGCAAUGUGCACCUGAGGCAACUGCAUAUGGCAAGUGUGUGACAGCGACGACCGUGGGCAAACAGGAGUUGCAUAAAGACUUCUGCGCGAAAGAGUUUCAAGCGCUGAAGACAUGCUUCACAUCAGCGGCAAAGAAAGCUGGGAAAUAGCAUCUAGUGUUGACGCUUCCUCCUAUCCAGAGAAUAAUGACAUGCACUCCUUGAAUGUACAUUGUGAAGUCCCUGGAGAUGAGAAGACUACGGUGUUCGAAUAAUCUCCUUAUUUAUUAAUUUUGAGCCAUAUAUGCUCUGCUCUAUAAAAAGCCUCUGCAAUAAUCUGUUGUCAGUUUUGUAAAGAUGUAAAGACUUAAAUGAUUCAGAUGUUUGUAUCAAGUGAGUGCUCUGAAGUCAUUAUGGGUCAGUGUCACCCACAAUUUGGUAAUACACAUGUUGAUUUUCA